AUGGACGGUUCGAUGCGUAAUCGACUUAUUCAGUUAAAUCAUGAGCUUGCCCAACUUGAUAUUACCGAAUUUUCUCCUCAGCUGAUUGAUUUAUUCGACGAACUUAUAAACUUAUGUUCUGCAAAAGAUGUCUGUUUAUCGAAAUUGAAUGAGAUGUUAGAUACAGACGUGGAAUUGAACGUUGCAUGCGAAAAUCUGCGUCGUUUGUUCGCUCUGUAUGGUCUCUACGGUGAAAUUCGAACAGCAAAGAUCUGUGCUGUUGAUCGAAAUCAUAAUUUUACCGAACAUUUCAAACAUCGGAAAGGUUAUGAAGAAUUGAUUCAAUGUGAAAUCAACAUGUUACAGAAUCUUGGUGUUUCUCUAGCGAAGAAUUCGACGGAUCACAAUGCAAAGGGUAGUUCGUUAGUUACUAAAAUUGCGUUUGUUGGUUCAGGUCCAAUUCCAACAUCUUCCUUGAUUAUCCUCAAUGAUCAUGGACCGUUGGUCGAUAUUUAUAAUAUUGAUAUGUGUGAAGAAGCGAAUCAACUAGCAUCGUUGAUCAGCGAACAAAUCUUACCUGCGGAUCUUUUCAAACGUAUGCAUUUUAUCACUCAAGAUAUCUGUGAAAGUCCAUUACCAAAUGAGGUUCGAUCGAUUCUGAGUCAAUGUCAAGUGAUUUAUCUUGCUGCAUAUGUUGGUAUAAAUGAAUUAGAAAAAUUAGAUAUACUUCAAAAUCUUGUUCGUCAAUCGAAUAGUGAUGAUUUGACGAGACAAACAAAACAAUAUUUCAUUAUUCGAACUGCAGAUGGGCUGUAUCAAAUUCUUUUUCCUAAAGUUACGCCAGAAAAAAUUGGAAUGUUGAAAGAUAGUGUUAGUGGAACAUCUCUUUUUCAGGUCGAAAAAGUUCGUGAAACAUUGGGCAUUUACGGUAUGGUUACUAUUAUCGCGACAAAUAUCAAAUAA